UAGUGGCCGCAAGCGGCUCGGAAGGGGCACUUGCUGUUCCAUUUCUGACGCCGCCUCUUCCUUCCCCUCUCUGUCUCUCACCUUCGCCGCGACAGCAGAGCUCGAGAGCCAGCGAGCAGAGCGGCGAGAAGCGUCCGGCGGAUUUGGGGUAUCCACGGUCGGCGUCUCCUCCUGCCCUAUCCGAUGUUGGCGGCGCUGCCGUCUCUGACGGCUACUGAAUCUGCUGCUGCGUCGGGCUUCUUCCCAUCUGUAACUUGUAAUCUCUUGACUCCGUCGAAUGUGAAUUUUGCUAAGAAGAAACAUGGAAGAAGAUUAAAUAUCCAGCCAGACAUUCAAUGUGGAACAACUCAAGGUCCAAGUACAAUCCAUAAAAAAUGGCGGGCACUAUCAUCGGACCCAGCCCAAGCUGCCGUUGUGGAUGCCGGCGACAGCAAAACAUGGGAAGAAUGCAAGCAAAUACUCACUUCAUUAAGUUUCUCCACCGAAGAUGCAGAAAAAAUGCUGAAGAAGGCAUUCGGAUGGAUCCAUUCGCCAUACUGGACCGAGGAGAGAAAGAAGGAGGUUCCAAGUGUCGAGCUGGUAAGUGGAGUGUUGGACUAUAUCCGGGGCCUUGGUCUCUCGGAUGCCGAUCUUUACAAGUUGCUCAAGAAAUUCCCAGAGGUUCUUGGAUGUGAUUUGGACAGCGAGGUGAAACUGAAUGUCGGCAAGCUAGACAACGAUUGGGGAAUAAACGGGAAAACUCUCCGGAGUGUUCUUCUACGGAACCCGAAAGUUUUGGGCUACAAUGUGGAUUGCAGAGGGGACUGCGCGGCACAGUGCACCCGCUGUUGGGUUAGGUUUUAGUGUUCAGAGCAGAAGUUGAGAUGAUAUGUUACCAACCACCUGUCUAUUUUGGCAUCGGUUGUUCGAAGCCUGUCAUCAUAAUCUAAAGGAAGCAGAUUUGUAUAGAUGGAUCGACCUGUUAGUUUUUUGUGCACAUCUUUAAGAACAUCUAAACCAACACACUGCAAAAGGGUUUGCGACAAACGUACUAUCUUUGAAGUGCAUGUUGAGUUUUUCAGCGUCA